UAUGACGCCACGCCUCUCGAAGUAUGGUAGAUGCUUUGGUGACGCAUAACGGGUGAUCAGAUCCUUUGUGCUGGAGUUUUAAUUUCAUUCUACAAUCUACUUUACGUGGCAUUAAGUCCUUGCAUUAUGGGUGACUCUGACGAUGAAUACGAUAGGAAAAGAAGAGACAAAUUUAGAGGGGAGAGAACAGAAUCUUAUUCUAGAGAAGGUCGACGAGAUGACAGAAGAAGAGAUGAUUGGGUGGAUAGUAAUUAUUCCAGAGAAUGGUCCAGUCGACCUAGACAGCGUCCAGAUUACAGAGAAUACCGUGGAGGUGGAGGUGGAGGACGCGAUAGAUAUAGUCCUGGCAGAUCACAGGAGAUGGCACCACCAAUGAAAAGAAUGAGAACAGAUUGGGAUGAUCGUCCAAGAUAUGGACAUGAUUAUUAUGGAGGUGGAGGAGGGGGUGCAACUUCCUGGGGACCAGACCAUUAUCCACCUCCUCACCAUGGCAAUCAUCACUAUGGAAACCACAGUAACAGUAACAGUCGAGAGGUAGCUGGUAACUUCAGCAAUUCCAAUGUUGAAACUCAACCACCAAUGAUGUCUUUCAAAGCGUUUCUUGGAACUCAAGAAGACUCGAUUACAGACGAGGAAGCUAUUAAACGAUAUAAUGAAUAUAAAUUGGAAUUCAGAAGGCAACAAUUGAAUGAAUUCUUCGUUGCACACAAGGACGAGGAAUGGUUCAAAAUAAAAUAUCAUCCAGAAGAAUCAGUGAAGAGAAAGGAAGAACAGGUGGCAGCUCUUAAGAAACGUGUUGAAGUCUUCCUGGAGAUGCUUGAAAUUAAAGAAAUAGAUAAAGUUUCUGUGGAUGCCGAUCAAGCUGAUGCUUUGCUGCAUCUGCUAGAUGCGGUGGUUAUUAAAUUAGAAGGUGGUACGGAAGAAGAUUUACAAGUUUUAGACAUGAAGCCAACAAAUAUGAUUAUAACUAAAGAUAUGAUCAAGGAUAAAGAAGACACGAAGAACAAAGUUGGAGCUGAGAAAAAAGGCGAUAAUAGCGACACGAAUAAAGUUGAUGAAACUUUGAAAACAGAGAAAAAUUUAAAAAAUGGUCAGAGUACAGACUCUGAAGUUAAAAUCGCAGAAAAUGACGAAAUUUCCAUAGAGGAAGUUGAAAAGUCAGAGGAAAAUAUAGAAGAAACAAAAAAGGAUGAUAGUGUGGAUAGCACAAGCAAACAAGAGGAAAUUAAUAUCAAAAAGAGAAAACGAACUGAUAGUAACAGCAGCAGCAGCAGCAGCAGUAGUAGUAGUAGUUCUUCUGGCAGCGAUAGUAAUAAACCCGAUACACCAAAAGCAGAUCCUCAUAUAACUGAAAAAAUGGAUGUCAGUAAUGAAAAUACUGAUACACAGGAUAAUAAAGAAGAUGAUCAAGAUGCUAAAACAGACAGCGAACCUUUGCCAGAAGCUAAAAAGUCUGCUAUGGAACCAGAAGCGGUAAUCGACCUAGCCAGUGAAGAUAAAGAAAAAGAACCUAGAGCUUUGCACAAGACUAGCAGUAUCUUCCUCCGUAAUUUAGCACCUACGAUAACAAAGGCAGAAGUUGAAGCGAUGUGCAAACGUUUUCCUGGAUUUUUGCGAGUUGCCAUAGCAGAUCCUCAACCAGAGAGAAGAUGGUUUAGAAGAGGUUGGGUGUCCUUUGAAAGACAAGUAAACAUAAAAGAGAUAUGUUGGAGUUUAAACAAUAUUCGGUUACGGGACUGCGAACUUGGAGCUAUAGUAAACCGAGAUCUUUCGCGUCGUAUACGCACAGUAAAUGGUUUGACAUCCCAUAAACAAAUAGUUAGGCACGAUAUCAAAUUGAGUGCUAAAAUCGUGCAUAAUUUGGAUAGCAGGGUUGGUUUGUGGAAUGAAGAAAAAAGAGACGAUAAUACAGUUAAACAGGAUGACGACAACAAAGAAAAUAAAAGUAUUCAAAAUGUAAAUGAAGUUGAGCAAGCUGCAUUUGGAUUGUCAUCUAAAAAUCCAGUAUUGAAGAACAUAACCGACUAUCUCAUAGAAGAGGCAUCGGCCGAAGAAGAGGAAUUAUUAGGAAUGUCUGGUGACAAAGAAGAGGGUCAAUUAGGAGGCGAUGGAGAUGGUCCAAUUGAAAGAGAUCCGACAUUGAUCAAGGUCUUAGACAGAUUGAUCCUUUAUUUGCGAGUAGUUCAUUCGGUUGAUUAUUAUAAUCACUGUGAAUAUCCGAACGAAGACGAAAUGCCAAAUAGAUGUGGAAUCAUGCACGUUAGAGGAUCUCCUCCUACCGCUAAAGUUACUAGCACCGAAUUGUCAGAAUACUGUCGCAAUUUUGAAAGCAAGAUGGCAGCGUUCUUGCAACCAAUUGCAACGCUAUCUCAAGAGGAGUUCGAUAAGUUGGGUGCUAAAAAUGCUGAAGCUGAAGUCGAAAAGUUCGUUCAAGCCAAUACACAAGAACUAUCAAAAGAUAAGUGGUUGUGUCCACUUAGUGGGAAAAAGUUCAAAGGACCAGACUUUAUUCGGAAACAUAUUUUUAAUAAGCACGCAGAAAAGGUAGCAGAAGUAAAAGCGGAAGCGGAAUAUUUUAAUAACUAUCUAAGAGAUCCAAAAAGGCCACAGCUUCCCGAACACCCGGGAAAUAAAGCACCUCCGAGAGAGAGCUUACGCGAAGGAUUUACUCCGUAUGGAUGUAGCACAUUUGGAAGUUACGGAGGAGGUUACGGUAGCAGCAGGGGAGGCUAUGGAUCAAGUUACGGAGCCGGAUUCGGUGGAGGGUUCGGAAUGCCGCGUUCCAAUCGUGGUGGUUUUAACCGAGGACGUGGCGGCGGAGGAGACUUCCGACCAGUGAUUCAUUAUCGUGAUCUCGAUGCACCACGAGAACCUGAUGAAUUUCUCUAAAUUGCUUCGAUAGACGAAAGGUCAAAGGAACAAAGGAAUCAUAUGUUUGGAAUCGAUAAGUUUGAUGAAAACAAUAUCGGGAUGUGCGUACUACAUAUCUAUACAUGUAUAUAACAAUCUAUAAGGUCAUAUAUGUCAUAUAUAUGUGUAUAUGUAUAUAUAAGAUAUAUAUAUAUACACUCACUUAGAGAUACACUCAGUUAGAAAAUCUACGUAUAUAUGAUUUUAAUGUGUGUAUAAACACAACUCAUGAAUAGAGAAAUGCACAUUUAAAAAGCAAAGCUCUCCUACCUAGUAGUAUAUAUUAUUUAAGGAAAUAUAUAUUAUAUCCGUAAUACUUGGAAACAAUGUUGUGUCAGAGUAACAUACAAGAUAGAUCAGCUACAGCAAAAAUCAAUACUUGUAAUCUGUCCUAUGAUACAACAAUAAAGUAUAUCGUUUGCUAAUUA